AUGUUCAGAUCAGCCAAAAGCGCUUUGAAAUUUGGAAAUUAUUUGUUGCUUGGAAGCAUGUCGAUCGCUACUGUUGCAGGACUUCAGGGUGAGACUCUUCGAGUACUGCAGCUCUCGCUGAGAGAUCAUCAAACGGUUUUGUACACACAGGCGUUACCGGGACAAGAAUACGGAAGAGCUUGUCAGGCGAGAGUCCUUAUUUGA